UAUUCUUGGGGCAUUUGCAGCGUCACGGUAGGUCGAUUGGCAGUAUCGCGUCGAGCGCCGCAGCGUUGUCGCCCGGUCCGAUCGGUUGGAAUCGCGAAAUGGAUGCCAAGAGCAGCAAUCCCGGCGACGAGGAAGAGCAGCGCCAGCGCCAGCGGCCAUCGCCGGGAGAGGAUGAAGACGCGGCAGCUGUGAGCCACGCGGCCGAGGAGCAGCGAAUGCCAUCGCCGGAAGAGGAGGAAGCCGCAGUGAAGAGGAAAUAUGGCGGAUUGAGACCAAAGAAGCCACCCCUCAUUUCCAAGGAUCACGAGCGAGCGUUCUUCGAUUCCGCGGACUGGGCUCUUGGAAAGCAAGGUGGACCGGUCGGUCAGAAGCCAAAGAGUUUGAUCGAAUCCCUUCGUCCAAAACUGCAGCCUACUCCCCACCAGCCUCUCCCUUCCAGAAAAGCUGCCUAUGGUGCUUCGGAUGGAGAAGGUGGUGAGAAUGGAGCAGCGGAUCCAGCCGAGAACAACAUUUGAGAAGGUUUUCUUAGCUGCUAACUGUUACUUUUUCCACGUUCUAAUGAUUUUGAGUGACUUUUCUUUCUAAGAAGAGAAUCGUCUA